AUGGAUGACAAAUUAGAAACUGAAAAAGUUUUCAUUGAAAGUGAAGUUGUUGAUUGGAGCCAAUAUACUACAAUGGAUUCCACACAAGAAGAUACACCAACUUGUGGAAUUGGUGAAAAUUUUGAUAAAUCUAACGAAUUGGAAGCUAGGGAAAACAAAAUUAAGGAAGUCCAAGCUCACGUUGAAAAGUCUGUAGAAACACAGGUAAAAGAUAAAGAUUCUAAUGAUAUUUUAAAAAAGAGAAAUAGUAAUAUUGAUCAAGUUUCCGUAGACCAAAACAAUUUGGAAAUUAGAGACCAAGAGUCUAGUAUUAUUAAUAAAGAUGAAAUUAUUAAUGAUGUAGAAUCUAAAUCGGAUGAAGAAAAAAAUAGUGAAGAGUGUAAUAACAAUAUGGGAGUUAGCAGAAAAGACUUGAAUGGUUCAAUAGUAUCUACUAGAAAAGGAACAGGAACAAGACUAAGAAGGGCAGAGCAUCAAAGUGGAGUUCCUGGAGUUUACUGGCAAGAAAGUAGUCAGAGAUGGAUAGCUCAGUGGAGCGAUUCUAUUUCAGGUAGAAGAAUAACUCAUGGAUUUUCAGCAAGAGUUUAUGGUUUUGAGGAUGCAAAGCAAAUGGCAAUAAAAUCAAGAGUUGAUGCAAUAGAAAAUGGAAAAGCAACUGCAAGAAAGUUACAUGAAACUAGUCUAACUGGGAAAAUGUAUUUAAAUAUGAAUAAAGGCUGUUAUGUGAAUCAUCAGAAUGAAACUGGAGUGAUAGGAGGAACUAUUGGCUCUCAUAAUUACAUUGGAGGAAUUAAAGGAAUGAAAGUGACAAAAUAUGGUACAGAUUAUGAAAAGCCAGAAUGCUUAUUAAAGGGAGAUAGAUCAAUGGUAAUGAAUUUAAUGGAAAAAAAGAAUAUACAAAAGAUUAUGAAUAAUAUGAGUGAUGAAGGAAUUGGACUACUAAUGGAGGAAAUGAAACAUUUAAAAGAAGAUACCGAAUAUGAGGGGAUAUUUUGGCAUCCAAUCAAUAAAGUAUGGAUAGGAGUUUGGUUAGAUUCAAUUACACAUGAAACAUGUACUCAAUCUUUUCCACAUGAAAUGGGUGAGGAUGGGAUAGAUAUUUCUAGAUUGAAGGCAAUAGAAUGGAGAGUAAAGUUAAUCAAUGAAAAAAAAUUGAGAGAUAAUGUGGUUGAGUAUGUUAAUAAUAAAGAAUUUAAACACCAUAAUAACUAUCCUAGCUUUUCAGGAAUUCCAAAUUCUUAUAAUAUAUUAAGUAAUUAUAACACUUCUGGAAUAAUUAAUUCCUUAAAUAAUUCCAGUAAUAACAAUAGUAACAGCAACUCUUCAUUAAUUAAUUUAAAUGGUUUAACUAAUAAUAAUAAUAAUACUUCUAGUGAAGCCAAUCCUUCAAUGCAUCUACAGAAUACUAAUUAUCAGCUAUUAUUGAAUCAAUUAAUGAAUUAUUUAUAUUUUAAUAGUAAUAAUAAUGGCAUUAACAACAAUUUUAAUGGAGGUGUAGGUAUAAAUAAUUCUUUUGGAAACUUUACUGGGAAUGCUGGUAGUAAUAUAAUUGCUGACUAUAAUAAUAUGAUUUUAUCAAACAUAUUAUAUAAUGGAGGGUUAUUAAAUGGUUCAAGUCCAAUUAAUAUAAAUAAUUCUAAUAAUAUGAAUAUUAAUUCUAUGAUUUCUAAUUGUUUAAAUAACUACUACUGUAAUAUGUUAAAACAACAGUUAUUUGGUGAUCAUUCUGAAAGCUUUACAAUUAAGAGUAAUAAUAACAAUAAUAAUAAUAAUAAUAAUAAUAAUAAUAAUAAUAAUAAUAAUAAUAAUAAUAGUACUAAUAAUAAUAGUACUAAUAAUAAUAAUAUCAGUAAUAGCUGCAACAGUAAUAGUUUAACUAAUAAUUCACAAUCUUUAAAUAUACUAAAUUCAAUGGAUUUAAAUUACCUAUCAUCCUCACAGAUGUUGAAUGAUACUAAUCCUGAAGGUAUAACAAAGAAUAAAAUCAUGAAUAGUUUGAUUCUGGGUGGUGGAGUUAGUAAUGGUAUUGGAGGAUAUUUUGGUAAUUACUCAAGUUUAAAUAAUGUGAAUAUGGGAAAUAUAUUAGGAAUAAAUCAAAUGGGUGUUGGGAAUAAUGGAAUGAUUAAUACAUUUAAUGGUGGAAAAAGUCAUAUUAAUAGUACAGGCAAUAAUCAUAAUCAAUAUAUGUAUAACAUAUUACAGAAUGCACUUGGACCCAAUAAAUCGAUACCAGUUAAUAAUUUUGGAUCCUUGUCUUUGGAUAAUUUAGAUCAAAUUCAAAAUGUUCCAGUAAAUUUGACGGAAGGUAUGUUAAUGAAUAAUUUCAAUCAAAAUCAAACUCAGUCUCAAGUUUUACAAAAUAAUGUUAAUAUGAACAUUAAUGGAAUGAUUAAAAAAAUAAUUUCACAAGAUAAUGGAAUAAUAAUACCUAGAAAUGAUACAAAUAUGGGUGAAAUUAUGAUAAAUUUGGAAAAGAUAGAUUCAUUAAGAGAAGAAAUGACGAAUUAUAAUCGUGGAUUAAAUAGCUUGUUAACACCUUUUGAGCCUUUAAUUUCUGGAAACUCAAAUAUUAAUAAUAAUAUAGAAAGUAAUAUUAAUAUAAGUAAUGAAAGUUAUAUUAAUAAUAAUGGCAAGAACAAUCAUGUUAAUAUUAGUAACAAUAAUAUUGGUAUUAAUGAGAAUAACUGUGGAAAUAGUGAAAAUGUGGAGAAUAUAAUAGAGAAGAAAAUUUCAAGAUCUGUGACAUCUUCAUCAGUAGACUCUUCUAUUUCUUCAAAUUCUACAAGCUUUUCAAUGAUAAAAGAAUCAUCAAAUAUGAUAGAAAUUUCGGAUUCUACUGCUCCAACAGUCUCUUCAACUCCAGCCUCAUCAAGUUCAAAGAUAAAAGCAAUUAAUUCUCCUAAAAAAAAGAAUUUAGGGGGAAUUAGCUAUAAAUCAGGGAUUCCAGGAGUAUACUGGAAAACAAGAGACCAAGAAUGGGUUGCAGAAUGGUAUGAUCAGAACAGAAAAAGGCAUUCAAGGCAUUUUUACGUGAAAAAGUAUGGAUUCAAUGAGGCAAAGAAAUUAGCUAUUCAGUGCAGAUUGAAUGCUGUAAACAGUGGAGAAGCUGUAUUAAGGAGUGGUAGUGGAGGAAAUAGUAACAACAGUAACAUUACAAUAAUGAAUGGAAAUGUUACUAAUAGUGUUAAUGUUUCUAGUACUCGUAAUAUAAAUGUUGCCAGUACAAAUGUAAGCUCAAAGACAAACAGUGAAAAUAAUAUGAAUGGAGUUGUGAAUAUAAGAGAAGAUGUUUUAAAUAACAUUGCAAGUAAAAAUAUGGCUUCAAUUAUCAACGAAGAAGUUGAGAGUAAUAGAAAUGGUGAGGAAGAAAUAGUAAAAAAUGGUAAUAUUAGUGUAAGUAUUGGAGCAGAUGAAAAGUAG